AGGUUGGCCGAGAAACGAGGGCGUGUCCACACUCUGUUGUCAGGAAAUGAAACUGAGAUCAGAGAUUUCACAGCAGCUGAUCUUUCUACUUUUACACAGACAGACAACAACUGCGACAUCUAAACAGAUAUGGCCUCAGCCAACAUUUCCUUAUCUGAGGAACAGUUUAAGUGUUCAAUCUGUCUGGAUGUUUUCACUGAACCCGCCUCCAUCCCUUGUGGACACAACUACUGCAAGGCCUGCAUCACAGGCUACUGGGCCCUCAAGGACUUCAACCAUUGUCCAAUGUGCAACCAGAUGUUCGACAGAAUUCCUGAACUGUGCGUCAACACAGAGUUCAGAGACAUGUUGGCACAUUUUAAUAGAACAAGGGCUGCAGGUGACGACGGUGAUCUCCCUGCCCAGCCGGGGGAGGUGCCCUGUGACCACUGUGAGGGGAUGAAGCGUAAGGCUCUAAAAUCCUGCCUGGUUUGCCUGGCCUCUUACUGCAACAAUCACCUGCAGCCACAUCAUACCAUUAAGGCGUAUAAGUGGCACAAGCUGAUCAACCCUGUGGAGAACCUCGAGAACAGAGUGUGCAAGAAACACAACAAGGUGACAGAGUUUUUCUGUAGGAAAGACCAGAGCUGUGUUUGUGUUUCAUGCUUGGGAGAUGACCAUGCAAUGCAUGAUGCUGUCUCUGUAGAGGAAGAGUUAAAGGAGAGGAAAACUAAACUGAAGCAUCUGAAAACGGAAGUCAACCAGACUCUAAACAAUAAGUGUAUCAUAUCUAAUAUGAUUCAAAAAUCAAUGAAGGAAGGAAGGAAGGAAGUGGAGACAACAAAGGCAGAAAUUGCCAAAGCCUUCGCAGCUCUGGUGGCCACGAUUGAGACAGAAAAGGUGAAGCUGAUUGAGCUGUUAGAGGAGAAGCAGAAAGGAGCAGAGGAGCAGGCUGAAGCUCUCAUUAGACAUCUGAAGCUGGAGAUUGUCCAGAACCAUCAGAUGAAUACCAAACUGGAAGAGCUCUCAAAGACUGACGAUGACUUCAGACUCCUGUGGGACCUCCCAUCCAUUACCUCUCCCUCUCCUUCAACCUCAAAACACUGCUUUAUACCCACAACUAAAACUCUCCAGCAUGUAGAGACCAUGAGGAAUAUGGUGGCCAAGAUUGAAGAGAUGCUCAGCAAACACAUGGGUGAUCUUUUCGGAGAGGUAAUUCUGGCAGUUAAAGAGGUGCCAGUUGAAGAACUGCUGGAUACCCAAACACAGACUGUGUUUGAUGACGAGCUUGGGAAAAUCCAGAAGCAAUAUGCAAUAAAAGUGACUCUGGACCCCAACACAGCACAUCCCUCCCUCAUCCUCUCAGAGGACAGGAAACAAGUGAGGGAUGGAGGUACAAAGAGGACAGUCCCCGACAACUCUGCAAGGUUUGACACACUUCACUUUGUCCUUGGAAAUGAGGGGUUUUCCUCUGGAAAGUUCUACUACGAAGUCAGACUUCAAGAGCAAACAGGAUGGGAAAUUGGAGUGACAAGAGAGUCCAUUAACAAGAAAGGUGUUAAUUUGUCUCUCAGCCCUGAAAACGGAUGCUGGACAUUGGGGUCAUACUGGGGACAUUGCCAGGCUAACACAAAUCCUCCUGUUAUCCUGGCCUUGUCCACAAAACCCCAGAAGGUUGGGGUGUUUGUGGAUUACGAAGGAGGAUUGGUCUCUUUCUACGAUGUCGAUACUAGGGCUCUGAUCUACUCUUUUACACAAUGUGCUUUUACAGGAGGUGCAUCACUUCUGAGUAGAUUAUCAUCAUUCGGGUUUUACAGCAGCACCCCAACAAAGACCACAAUCUACCCAAUAUUCCGACCCAGUAGUGAGAAGGGGAGUGAUUCUACCCCUCUACAGAUUACUCCUGUCAGAUACACAAAAGGAAAGUAGUGAUUCGGUUUGUUAAACUCAAGCUCUAGUUGCACAGAUAAGUGUAGCUGGGUGGUCCUCCUUUGAUUUGUAAUAAUGGCAGAGGUUGUUGGUGAACAUGAAUCUGCCAUGUUUAUAAUCUGUAAAGUAAAAAAGAUUUAACAAAAAACAGGAUCAAAUGAUAUUAAUAGCACAGUGUAAAUCAGUUUCUAAUUAAGUUUUACAAUGAUUUCUUGUUUUUUGUGGUUUUCUUUGGCCUCUGGUUGACUUUGUCAUAUGAAUUUGUCUCUGGUGUUUUGUUUGUUUUAAGCCUGUCUCAAUGAUCCAUGUCAAUAUAUUUGUAGAAUAUAUGCUUUUCACAGCAAAAUAUUGUAAGACAAUUAGUAAAUAUUACACAAAUUUGUACAGUAGUCCUGUACAGACUGGACUCCAUAUAUCAGGUACUCUCUUGUCUUUUCUCCUAGUCAGAAGCAAAGGGAAACUCGUUGUAAUAUUAUGUUGGACAAACAGAGUACUGGAGUAGAGGAGGAGAUGAGAAAUGAAGAUCAGUAGUCAUGCUAACCUGACUGUAUCUUCUAGAAAAUAUCAUUUUCAUGUUAAGGUAAUAAUGGUAAUUGGGGUGUUUGGGUUCACUGUCUUGAUUUCUGCUUUGUUUUAAUCAGUUCAGAAAUACUGCAACCCAGUCAAUCUGAAACGGUUCACUGGAAGUUGUGUACUGUUAGGUCUACUGCAGUUAAUUGCAAUGAGAGAAUUAUAUUGUGUA